ACCAAAAUAGCACUUCAAAUAAUUUCUAGGUGGAUGAAAUCUGGGAAGGCACGGCACCAAACAGUGUUGUUGCCUACGGUGAUGAUGGCCAGAAGUUGAGAGCUGCAGAAUUGUGUAGUCUGUGCCCAAACAACUGGGUGAAUGAUAAACUCUUGGAAACUGACUUCAACUGCAAGUAAAACACAACCAGACAACAACAGUGAUGUAGAAAUUAUAGAUGACAAAUCAACAGAAAGAGAUUCGCCAAGAAGUCUGUCGCAGAAGAAUGAUAUUUUACUUGUACAUGAUGAUGUCAGUGACAAUCAUAACUGUGUAACACCAACAAGAACAAAUUUACAAGUUGUUCCGCUGUGGGAUAAAGAUAUCAGUACUCAUGCUCUUGAUAGUGACAGCAUACAAUUACAUCAACGAGUAAAAGCUACAGACUUCAAAGGUGGGGACACAAGAAUCAAGGAAAUCGAUGAAGAAACUUUGGAACGUGACCUGUUCAACACUUCUCUAUUGCGGUUAUGGCAAACAGGGGCAACCUUUGAAGAAUGUAAGGCAGAAGAUGAUGAUGAUACCAUACUCAGAGAACAUCCAAUAGAAGGAGAGUGCUGGCUUAGUAUUGACCUACGUGUUGCUCUGUGGAUGGAUUACAGAUGCUUUGUCAACAAGCCUCAUUUAAAAACUGUGGGUGAUUUGUGCUUGUUACAAACAACCUGCACAUUGACUUCAACAACUUUGCCGCAAAACAUACAAUGCCUGACAUGUACCUUGUACCUGCAGCAGCUUUGCUCAGGUAUUGGUGCAGGUGCGGGCAACAAUACCAAACUCCUAUUUAUAAAUAUGGGAAACAAUACAUUUACCUUAGCAGAUGGAAAAAUGUAUGAUGAAAAUGUACCAAGAAUGUUUGGUAGACAGUAA